AUGUCAAUUUUUAAUGAUAGAAAUGUAAAUGGGAAAAAGGUCCUAUUUCCUAUUUUUCCUUUAAUUGAAGUACGAAUUCAGCAACUUGAAAUUUAUCUUACUUAUGGAACAACUGCAAUGGAUUUUGCCUAUAAUAAAUUUUCUAUUCAUUUUUCUAAUCAUCCUUCUCAAUCACUUUUUAAGACAGUUCGUUUUUUUGAUCCACACUAUUUGAAAUUAUCUUUAUCAAAUCGUGAUAUUCAAAAAUAUAGUUUUAAUAUUCCACAAUUAUUAAAUCCAUCUAUAGAACUUCUGCAAGAAUGUGAGAUUGCAUUUGAUUAUAUGUGGUUACCUAUUUCUUCUUGUGCUGUAGAAUGGAGUUUUUCAGUUUACAAUAAUAUUCUUAGUUGA